AUGUUGGGUCACGUGGGCAACAUCGGUUCUGGUGGCCACAGCCACGGGAAAGGUGGCUGUGACAUGCAGGGUGCACCGGUGCUCCCCGCAGCAGCCACACAGGUGCGUUGCAUGAGUCCCAUAGAGCGUGAGAUCGAGCAAGCGCUGGCCACUCAGCGCAAUCAGCAAACGGCCGACAUGGCGGAGCGGGAGCGCAUGCUGCUUGAACAGCAGGUAAACCUGGUUUUGCCGGCGCUUCAAGCGUCGCUGCAGCAGUCGCAGCAGGCGCUGGAGGAUCAGCUGCUUCAGGUGAAGCUGCAGCUCCUCGCUAACCAGCAGCAGCAGCAAUCUGGCAGCAACAUGGACAUGGAAUACCUGCGAAAUGAAAUGACGGCGAUGCGAAGCGCUAUCUCCUCGAUGAGCAUGAACUGCACCUCCAACAGCGACCCUGGCCUACCAACGCGGAAGCCGCACAAGCCGCAGCACCGGAAAGCAACGUCAGCGCGCACGAGGAAUGUCCGCAGGAGGCGCCAGCACAGAAGCCACAUCGACGAGGACGAUUCUUGGGUGAGCCUUGAUGACAUCCUCUGCAGUGACCAAUACGACGACGACCGCCAUGCAGCUGGCGAUAGGGAUUCCAGUGGCCGUAGCCCCUCACCGCGAAACGCCCGCCUCCUCAGCCCGACGCCGUCGCAGAAAAUCCAUAGCGCGCUGAAAAGCAUGCAAGCUGAGAUUCGCAGCUUGCGGGCCAUGAGCGCCACUCGCAUGGAGCCGGCAUUCCCCACCGCCUCGAUGCUGAAGCCGGGCCUGCACUUGCUCAAACUUGCCGCCCUCGAAGGCAUCGGUCUUGCCGUCCCUCUCGACGAGGUGGAUGUAUCGAUCAAGGUAUACUACAUGUCGUAUGCGCACAACGAGUAUCUGCUCGAGCCUUAUCUCGAGCGCAGCUACCCACGGCGCCCUCUGCCGUUGGUCCGCCAUGACGCCAGCACAGUGUUGUUUACGGUCCCGCCGCUGGAGUUCAUGGUGCACUCGCCGAAAGAGAUGGUCGUGUUCGUGCUGCAGGUGUUUUACCGCGGCCGACUGCUCUGCUGGUCUACCAUCUUCGCGAAAUCCACCGGCAGCUUCUCGGAAGGCGUUCGGAACAGCUGCUACGACCUCGCCAAGGCCCUGCAGACACCUGGUGGUAUGAUCCCCGAGGCGAGCGUGUCAGGCUACAUCGAGACCAACUCGCUGGACGUUCUGCAGCACGCCGAGUCAAUCCUGAAUGGGAGCGCCGUUAGCUUCAGUGCUAGCCCCAGCUCUCCGUUCCCGCAGAGGCAGUAUGUGCAGCUACCUGGACUACCACCGCUUCCGCCGCCACCGCUAGGUCAGCCGCUGCUACCCGGCAUGCCCGGUUGCGAGGGGCCCUUUCUGCCGCCCACGUCAGACGGCCACAUGAUGCUGCUGCAACCCACCAAGGGACCCAUCGCACACUUUAUCCUCCCUCCGCCGAUGGGGGUGUCGAUCUUGGAGUGGAACCAAGAGGUGGUAAAGCAUCUCAAGAAGAUACAGAAGCACCUACCCAAUAAGGUCACCGCGCCGGCGGUAGAAAAGGGUGGCGCCAACGGUAAGCAUGGCAGCAACUGGAAGUCAGCGUCUCCGCUGAGUCAGCGGCAGGUAAUGCUCGACAGCAGCAGCAGCAGCAGCAGCAGCAGCGAUAGCAGCAUGCAAUCGUUCUCGUCACUUUCUUCCAUGUGUAUAUCACAACCCACCUCCAACGGCGGUCCCUUGAGAGACCCCCCGCUUCCUAUCCAUGGCCAGCUCGAGAUCAUCGGAGAAGACAUGAGCAAGCAUCCUCCUGUCACGAGGCAGCGGCAGCGGCAGCAGCAACGUCGUAGCCACCGUAGUGUCGUACAUUUUACAAAGGCCGUCUCGGAGGCUGUGUCCGCUGCUGAGGUACCCGCAGCAAAGUUGCCUACAAUGUCCAUUCAAAAGCCGCAAGAGCCCGCAAAAGUGUCUGCGGUCGCUGCGUUGGUGAAGGAGCCGCUCUCGACUGAUGUGCCACCAUCCCAAACGCACACGCCGCCGCCGUCGACCGACGCCUCCAUCGCCGAAUCAGCAGCCAAGGAAGCCACAGCUGCGAAGCUGCCCGACAAUCCCAAGUCACAGAUGGCUAGUACUUUCUCGCCACGUGUUCCCUCCGCGGACGAUCCAUCCGCCGCCCUCCAAGCCGCAACACCGCCGCCGGUACCAUGCAAAGUUCCUCGGAAAGAUAUGUCACUGGUCGAGCGCAGCCGUCUACGCGCUUCGACGGACCCGCAGGGCAAUCUCGCGGUGCCGCCAAACUACAAACUGAACCCCGACAACCCGCCUGUCGUGAACCUCGGCAAGCUCUACGCCACGGCCGACCCGCCUCUGAACCCAUGCGUGCUGCUUGGCCUCUCGAAGCCGACCGAUAGGCCGCCAGCGACCCUGAAGACGCCUGGGCACGGCGAGAAUGGAAACACGGUCGAUAUCUUCGUGGACGGUGUAUCUGGCGUCCCGAUCGACGCGGUGUGCUCGCGUGUGCUGGUGUACAUCACCGACGAGUUGGACCUCGGCACCGGUGCCCUUCUGAACCCCCUUCACCACCCUCGUGUCUUCAUGCGGAAGCCGGACCUUGUUGCCUAUCAGAACCUCACCUCGAGCAGCAUUGAGCCCGCCUUUGAAGCGAAGAUGAGCUCCAACGUAGGCGAUCAAACGCACGCCGUCGUCAUUGCGGAGUACAUCAACGACCUCCAAGAGUCACCGAUCGUGCUUGGCCACUGCUGCUUGCCGAUUAACAAGCGCUUCUUUGCCGGCAACUUUGUGGCGCGCCUGAAAGUCGGCGAUCCUCGUCGCUCGCAGGAGCGGGCCGUCGACGAGAUGCGUUCGCCUGCCCGCAUCGCCGACGAGCAGCAGCGCGCCACGGAGAAGUACGACCAAUCGCAGCUGGAGGCAAGCUUCAACUCGCAGGCGUUGCGCAACUUGAUGCCGUUACCACCGUCCAAGCUUUCGGAGUGCGCACCGCUCGGCUACCUGAUAUGGCGCCUAGAGAACCCCGACAUGCGCAGCCCCUUCUUCGAAAUGCCGCAGCAGGUGCCUCUGUCGCAGCAAGAAGUGCAGCUCUUCGAGGACCGCAAGAAUCACGCAGGUGUGACGCCGAACUCGAAGGGGCUGACGUCGGAGAAGGCGGCCAGCAAUGCCUUCAUCGGCUCCGGGACGACGCAGACCGACUCUAUAAGCUGUAUUUCUCCCUUCAGCGAGCAGCGCGGUGCCUUCGUGAAGGUGGAGGGCAUCCGCGGCGUGGGUGACGACGCAGCCAUGUACGUCGUGGUGGUCUACAUGGCCAAGGCGCCGAAGGGCCGCCGGGUAUACUACACGAUGAUGCCCGACUGGGCCUCGGACGUUGGUGCACCGAUGUUCAAGGACCCCCCAUUCGCCUUCCAAGGUAUCCAGUAUGACAAAACAAGCACUACGACGUACAUGCUGCUGAAGCUCUCGAGGUUGGAGAUCGCGGCCGACCCGCCGUUGGUGGAGUGCAUCGGGUGGACCAUGAACAAACUCUUCAUAGACUCAGCGCCGGCGCUGCGCCAAGGACGGUAUGUGCUACCGUGGUUGAAUGGGCCGCUGCCGCCGUCCGUAGUGCAAGAGCUGCUCACCCAGCACAUCAGCACCGUGUUCCUCAGCCACAUAAAGGCAAAGACCAUUGCCUACCUAGAGCCCAAGGCCACACUGACCAUCAGCCAAGGCGACCCGGCGUGCUGCGUGGCGCUGGUAGACAACACGCCCGGUCGCGCUCAGCCGCGUCGGCUACUCGUGCUCACCGCUAGCAAGAAGACCUUUCCCUCCUCCACAUGUGAGGGGAUGGUAGGGUGCACGCUGAGAAGAGCGCAUGAGGAGUGCUUCGGCGGCGGCGACGCGCGAGCCCUGCUGCAGCGCAUGAACAUGGCGGUACAGGAAUACCUUACUGCAAAAAUGAAGGAACUCGAGGAGCUGUGA